AUGUCUGCGCAGGCUCCGACCGAUGCCCAUCUCAUGGGGCAAGAGAGCGACGGCGCCAAGGCGGCUGUCCGAGCACAGCGUGACCUUAAGCGAAAGAAGGACAGCCUACGCAAGUUGGAAAAGAAGAUGAAGUCCAUGAAGGCAGAUGACGCCAGCUAUGCGGAGGCGGCGGCGGAGUGUCGGGCGCUCAAGGAAGAGAUCGAUGCACUGGAGGCAGCCGUCGGGGACACGUCAGCCGGCGUGAAGAGUGGCGCCGCCGCCAAGAAAGCGGCGGAGAAAGUUGAAGCGGAGCCGGCGCGGCGAAACGAUAAGUUGAAGCCCCAGGCGAAGUGCGGGGCCGACGCUGCCGCGGACGGUGGCGCGGGGCGGGAAGCGGCGCCGCUGGGGG